AUGGUUCAUUGAAAAAAGAAAGAGAAAGUAAAACUCCACCGGGAAGCUCAACAAACACCUUUAUCAUCGUCUGCUCUCUAUUGUAGACUGUUCUUCUUGUUUUACUGCAACAGACAACAACGGUGAAUAUAGUCCUAAUAAGGCUAUUAGGAUACUGCAGAAAAGGUAACAGGUUACUCGCCGAAAGUUCACUUCAGGUGAGCAUCAUUUGACGCAAAGCAAUGUCCCGUGGUUCGAAUGCUGGAUUUGACCGACACAUUACGAUUUUUUCUCCUGAGGGCCGCCUCUAUCAAGUCGAGUAUGCCUUCAAAGCCAUCGCCCAGGGUGGGUUGACAUCACUGGGCGUGCGGGGGACAGACUGUGCUGUGGUGGUCACACAGAAGAAAGUGCCGGACAAGCUGCUGGAUUCUGCCACUCUGACCAACAUGUACCCACUUACCCCACGCAUUGGAUGUGUGAUGACAGGACACAAUGCGGACAGUCGAUCCCAGGUCCACAGGGCACGAGUGGAGGCCGCCGAAUGGAAGUACAAGUUUGGCUAUGACAUCACAGCAGAUAUGUUGUGUCGGAGAAUGGCGGACAUCUCCCAGGUCUACACACAGAACGCUGAGAUGAGACCUUUGGGAUGCUGUAUGAUCUUGGUGGCCAUGGACCCCCAGCUGGGUCCCAUGCUGUAUAAGUGUGACCCGGCAGGCUACUUCUGUGGAUUCAGGGCCACCAGCGUGGGGGCCAAGCAGACAGAGGCUAACAGCUACCUGGAGAAGAAACUGAAGAAGAGGCCGGAGCUGUCAUAUGAGAUGACUGUGGAGUUGGCCAUCUCCUGUCUCUCUUCUAUUCUGUCAAUGGACUUCAAGCCCAGUGAAAUUGAAGUGGGUGUGGUCACUAAGGAAAGCCCCAAGUUCAGGACACUCUCUGAGACAGAGAUCGACACUCACUUGGUGGCCAUUGCUGAGCGGGAGUAGAGGUGCAGCCAUCCACAUACAGUACUUCAGGUGUCAGGCUGACUAACAGACUAACCUAGUGGUUCAGUAAUAGGACAAUAAUACUACUUCAGUACAAUACUUGGAUAUGUUUCUACUUUCCAACUAUUUACAUCUGCACGGGUUGAUUUUCACCUUCAGUCUGCAUAUCAAAUCUUCUAGGACAUACCGCCAGGCUGUAACUAGAAUUCCCAUGUUUGUUGGAUUGGUUUGAUCGUGUGGAUCGUUUCAUCCAUCCUAUUGUCUGUAUCUCAUUGAACCCCAUUGUUUAUGACCAUCAAAAUGGGUUUUAGCUGCCUGUGYCCAGAGCGUUACUCAUGUCAUCUAUCACCUGCCACAGAAACACUGUCUAACAGAAUAAAACACAUCAAAUAAAACAAAAGAA